AUGAGGCUGACGCUCAUCUGCGGCCACAAUGAAGUAGACAAUAUUGCAAUGUUCUGGCAUCACGAUGAAGUUAUAUAAUAUCCUCAUCGAACGCCUCUUCAUUCCCCUUUUCUCUCAUCAUCACACACAUAACAAUAUCAUCAAGCAAACGAGUUCGCUUUCCGGUUCUCCAUCUUUCCUAUCUCUCUUUUCCUUGUCUCCUUUGUCAGCUUGGAUACCCUCUCUGCCAGUCUCAAAGCACGAAAAUAGAUAAAGUAAUCAAGAUGUACACCUCUACCAUCCUCUCUUCCAUCCUCUUCUCCGCCGCCGCUCUGGCCGCGCCGACCACCAACCCGAACCACCCCUCCUCCUCCGCCACCAUCUCCACCCAAUCUGACACCAGCUCCAUCGACAACGUCCUUCCCCCCAUCGUCCCCGUCAACACCCGCGCCGGCAACGCAGACCUCAUCACAAAGCUCAUGACCGCCCCCACCCAACAAGAGCGUGUCCGCCUCCUCAACCAGCCUGGCGACUUUGUCUUCGACUUCAACGACUCCGGUGCCCCUGAGGGCUCCGAGUCCCGUGGCAAGGGCGGUUUCUCCACCUCCGCCACGGCAAAGACCUUCCCGGCCCUCAUCGGCAACGGCGCCGCCAUGACCCUCGGCUUCCUCGGCCCCUGCGGCAUGAACACGGCCCACGUCCACAACCGCGCCACCGAGCUCAACGUGAUUGUCAAGGGCCGCCUCGUCACCAACUUUGUCGUCGAGAACGGCCUCGACCCCAUCGCAAACACCAUGGAGACCUACCAAAUGUCCGUCUUCCCCCAGGGCGCAAUCCACCAGGAGUUCAACCCCGACUGCGAGGAUGCCGUCUUCGUCGCCGGCUUCAACAACGUCGACCCCGGCGUCGAGCAGGUUGCCCAGGCUUUCUUCAACCUCCGCCCCGAUGUCGUAUCUGCUACUCUCGGCGGCGUGCAGAGCAUUGACGGAGCCGACCUCGAGAGCUUCCGUAAGCACAUCCCUGCCAACAUUGCUCUCGGCAUCGACGCCUGCUUGAACAAGUGCGGCAUCAAGCGCAACGCGAAGCGCGAUCUCAACGAGAUCUUUGGCGCUCCUCAGAACUAGAUUGACUAGUAGUUGGGGCUUGCGAUUGGAAUGGCAAUUGUAAAUAUGCAUUGUUAUAUGGGGCAUGACGGUCAGCAUUUGGGCGAAGGCAUUUAGAGGCAUUUGGUGGGGCAUAGCAUCGGUUGCAUAGCCAAGGACUUUGGCUCAUUGGCGUUAAGGAUCUGGAUAUCGAAUACUUGUUUUACACAUUGUCAAUACACUCUUCUAC